AAUUUUGAACUGUCGCUAUCUUUUUGUGUAUAGCUUAAUGUCAAGUUUCUUUUUGUUCAGACUUUGUUUUAUACCUGAGGAACUUAAAGCGGCUAAAAAGUAUAAAUUGUACAGUGAAAGUUAACAAGCAUCAGCCUGAUGGUCACUGGCAAGAUGUGGCCUUGAUACAGUUUGCACACUUUAGCGAGUUGUUUGCAAAACAUUUUUCUUGGUUUAGUGGAGAGGAUUUGUUGAUCGCGGUUACUGGCAAAGAAAGAAGUUCUGGAGAAGAUGGUUCGCUUGAUUUUCAUACUUCACUUUAUUUCUUAAACGGUGAAGAGAACGAACAAAGUAGAUAGAAGAUCUAUCAUGGCUCCAACGACCCGUCCUACUCCAGCUCCUACAGCAAACAGUGACCCGGCGCUAUCGACUGCUGCGAUUGUCAUGAUCGUUGUGGGAGUGUACUUAGCGCUUGUCGCCCUCGUCCUCGUAAUAAGGCAAUGCUUAAAGUCUCAAGGAAUAAGUAUCUGCCCAACAUGGAUAUCAGAGCUGUGCUGUGGAUGUUGUGCAAAUGACAACCAUGCAGAGAGAUGCUGCCUUUGUGCCUGCUUUGUGGGAAUGGCAGAAAUGUGUGAUUGUUCUACCCCAAGUAAAAAGUCUUGUUUAGACAGUGUGUGUCCUUCAAAACAGUGGUGUGAUAACACAUUCUGUUGCUGUAUGAAUGCUGAGCCUGGUGGUGAACUGUGUCAGGACUGCCAAGGACCACAGUGUGCUUGUGGUGAUUGCAAUUGUGCUUGUAACUGUGCUCUACCAGAGUGCAAUUCUAUCAAUUGCAUUUGCUUUUCAAUAGAUCUGGGGGGUGAGAGUCAGCAACAGCAACAGAUGAUGCAACAGCAACAACAGAUACAACAACAACAACAACAACUACAACAGCUUCAAAUGCAGCAACAGCAAUUUCAACCACAAUCAUAUCCAAACUAUCCAAGAUAACAAGAAAAUCUUUCUCAGUUUAUGCAUUCUUGCAGUUGGCUUGGCUGGCUAUAGGUUUAACUCUAAAAAGAUGUUUUAACUCUGUGUGUAAUAUUAGGCUUGAUUUUCACUGUGUCAGAGACUGUUCUUUGAAUCUAAGGAAAGAAGCAUGGGAUCAUUUUCCACACAGCAGCUUGUUAUUAACCUUUGUGUUGUAGAGCCUCUUUUUUAAAACAUAGUUCCUUCUUCUUGAGGAAACUCAACUAUUAUAGAGGUGUUUAACUCAAGUCCUGAGUUACACCAGCAUUAGAGAUGUACUGCAUUCUUUUCACCAUAAGUGUGAUGCCAGGCUACUCUUCUCUCUCCUCUUUAAAACUAUUUCCCUCCCUUUAGAUACUCAUAGGGGACACCAGAAUACAAAAUGUAGGAUAACUCCACAUUCAAUUCAUCUAUACCAAAUCCAUUUGCGAAAGAACACUUUGUGCAAAGUCGUCCAAACUUGCUUACCUUACUUCUUUAAUUUAUUAAAUCAUUGUAAUUAAUAAUUAAAGUAAGUUUAGCUCUCAAAGCAGGAGCCCAGAAAGCUUGCAGGUCCAAGAAGUCGACAUGAAAGAUUGACACUGAUUCUCACUUAUCUAAGGAUCUGAAAUGCUGCCUAAAUGAAGUUUUAAUUUUUUUUUAGGUAUUGACAGCAUUUUUUUUUUCAUUUUCCCAAAUAAGUGUGGCUGUGGUAAUUUCUUAGAUGUAAAUUUUAUAUGUAAAUAUGUAAAUUUUAUAAUGUAUUUUCAUUAUGAAA